AUGCCACAAUCCGCGACAGACGCCACGCGGUUUACCUCCACAACUCCUCAUGCGACUGCGAAACAGCCUUUCAGACCCAGCAAUAGCCCCCCAAGAAAUAUGCCACCGAGGAAACCGGCACCGAAUACCGCACCUACGGGAGAGACGCCCCAGGAGAAGGUCAGAAGGUUAAGGGCUGCUGCCGAUCGAGCCCGAAAUGCUCAGAUCACAACGGUCGACAAAAUGAUCAUUCGGGGCCGGGUGUGGGCAGACCGGGCACACAAGGUUGUGACGCUGAGCUUGGUUGCUGCUACUUUUGUUGCUGGUGGUCUUGUUGUAUACGCUCUGGGUGAUAUGAUGAUUUAUAACCGAAGAAAAAGAGCCCAGUUCUUCGAGGAGCAGAAAGCUAUACACGCGAAUGCUAUUUUCAAUGCGAAACGGGCAAUCGCGUCUGGUACAGCCACGGAAGAGGACAUCAAGUUUAUCAAGCGGGAGGAAGAGCAUGCGGCCAAGUUGGAGGAGAUUGCGCGGGCGAAGGCAGAGAAGAAGGGGAUCUUCAAGAAGAGCAAGGAAUGGCUGUUCUCCGGCCUGAAGAAGGAGGAAGAAGGCGAUGAUGUGGGCACCAGCGAGAGGAGAUUGGGCUAUGAGUCUCUGAGCGAGGAGGACGACACGCUGGGCGAGCGGGAAAGCAGCAUUGUGAGGGCACUCGAGGAGAAGAAGAUGGAUAUCGCGGACAAGGCGAGAGAUGCAUUUGCGCAGGAGAGGGAGAAUCAAAGAACGGGUGGGCCAUUGGACCGGGUGGGGACCAAGGCGAACGGUGAUGAGCAACCCAAAUCCGGAGGCUGGACGUCUUUCCUAGGGAGGCGGUAG